GGUAAGGCGCGAGUUGCGGGGGUGGGGUGAGGUGGGUUUGAAGACCCUUUUUCAGCCCCUGGGAGAACUUAGUUACAGAGCAUUAGAUGAACUUUGGGGUGAAAUAGGCAAAGGAGUAAACUUUGAGAUGAAAUGGACAAAAGAAUAGCUCGGUAGCGCGGCAGGCAAGGCAGGUGCCAUGGCCUUGAUUGAAGGGGUGGGUGAUGAGGUGACCGUCCUUUUUGCGGUGCUUGCCUGCCUUCUGGUGCUGGCCCUUGCCUGGGUCUCAACACACACCGCCGAGGGCUCCGAUCCCCUGCCACAACCACCAGGGACUCCAGUGCCAGCACAACCCAGCGAAGCCAUGGCAGCCACUGACAGCAUCAGAGGAGAGGCUCCAGGGGCCGAGACUCCCAGCUUGAGACACAGAGGUCAAGCUGCACAGCCAGAGCCUGGAGUCACCGCAACACCACCACCCCCAGAUUCCCCACAGGAGCCCCUAGUGCUACGGCUGAAAUUCCUCAAUGAUUCGGAACAGGUGGCCAGAGCCUGGCCUCAUGACACCAUUGGUUCCUUAAAAAGGACCCAGUUUCCCGGCCGGGAACACCAGGUGCGACUCAUCUACCAAGGCCAGCUGCUAGGAGACGACAGCCAGACACUGGGCAGCCUUCACCUCCCUCCCAACUGCGUUCUGCACUGCCAUGUGUCAACGAGGGUCGGUUCCCCACAUCCCCCCUGCCCACCGGGGUCAGAGCCAGGCCCCUCCGGGCUGGAAAUCGGCAGCCUGCUGCUGCCCCUGCUGCUGCUGCUGCUGCUCCUGCUCUGGUACUGCCAGAUCCAGUACCGGCCCUUCUUUCCCCUGACCGCCACCCUGGGCCUAGCCGGCUUCACCCUGCUCCUCAGUCUCCUGGCCUUUGCCAUGUACCGCCCAUAGUGCCUCCACGGGCUCUUGGUGGUGUAGCCAACCCUUCUGGACCUCACUCCCCACGGCGUGGUGAGAGCUGCUGUCUGCCCAGGCCAGCUUCUCCAGCCUGCCUCUUCCCACUUCCCUGGAGCCCAGCCCUGCGCCGCAGGGGACUCCGGGAACUGACAGAGGCCCGUCCCUGUGAUCUCCAUGGCUCUGGACCACCUUCUGGGGCUGCUGGCCCUCAGCCCUCACUGACAGUUGGCUCUUCAGGGUCAGGCACCUGCUGUCGUUGCCUUGGCCCCGGACAAAGCCGGGCCACUCCCCUGGGCCCGUCUUAGUGCUCUGCCUGAGGACCCAGCCAUCCCUAGUCCCAGGAGCUCCUUAGACUGAUUUGGGGACCUUCGGACCGUGGGAGGCUGGUGACAGGGAGCUGGGAGGGGCAGAGGCAUUCUCUGGAACGUGGAGAUUAAAACAGCUGUGAAG